AUGACAACUACCGUUGUGCUCGGGGCCCAAUGGGGCGACGAAGGCAAGGGCAAGCUCGCCGACAUACUCGCUCACGAAUCGCAAAUCUGCUGCCGCGCCCAAGGCGGUAACAACGCCGGACACACCAUCGUCGCGAACGGCGUGACGUACGAUUUCCAUAUCCUCCCCAGUGGUCUUGUAAACCCCGGCUGCAUCAACGUCAUCGGAAGUGGCUGCGUCGUCCACGUGCCGAGCUUCUUCAAGGAAUUGGAGGCGCUGGAGAAACAUGGCUUGAACACUGAAGGAAGGAUAUUCAUCUCGGACAGAGCACAUGUCGUCUUCGACGUCCACCAGAAGGUGGAUGGUCUGGAAGAAGUGGAACUGGGUGGUGGCAUGAUUGGCACAACCAAGAAGGGUAUUGGCCCAACCUACAGCACCAAGAUGACCAGGAGCGGUCUCCGCAUGUGCGACCUGUUCGACGAGCAGAUCUUCGAGACGAAGCUCAGGAGGUUAGCCUCGGGAUUCCAGAAGCGAUACGGUGAUCUGCUCAAGUACGACGUGGAUGCGGAGAUUGCGCAGUACAAGACUCUGCGCGAGAAGCUUGCUCCCUAUGUCGUCGACCAGAUCCCACUCGUCGCAUCGGCCAAGGAGAAGAACGCUAAGAUUCUAGUAGAAGGUGCGAACGCGCUGAUGCUGGACAUUGACUACGGAACAUAUCCCUUCGUCACAUCAUCGAACACUGGUAUUGGAGGUGUCAUCACAGGUCUCAACUUGGGCUGGCGGUCACUGAAGGAGGUCGUCGGUGUAGUGAAGGCCUACACCACACGUGUCGGAUCCGGACCCUUCCCUACCGAGCAGCUGAACGAGCUGGGCGAGAAGCUCCAAUCGGUAGGCCACGAAGUUGGCGUCACAACCGGUCGCAAGCGCCGCUGCGGCUGGCUAGACCUUGUUGUCGUCAAGCACUCGCACGCCUGCAACGACUACACCGCCAUCAACCUCACCAAGCUCGACGUCCUCGACGACUUUGACGAGCUCAAAGUUGCGACAUCCUACUCGUACAACGGUGAAGUGCUCGAAGGCUUCCCUGCGAACAUCGAGAUACUUGGCCAAGUCGAAGUACAGUACGACACGCUGCCUGGCUGGAAAAAGCCUACAACUGGUGUAACGAGCUACUACGACCUGCCCGUCCAGGCGAGGAACUACAUCGAGUACAUUGAGAAGUUUGUCGGAGUGAAGGUCAAGUGGAUUGGCGUUGGCCCUGCACGAGACCACAUGAUCAGUCGAUCAUAG